AUGGUCCUUACAGAGCUCGGACCCCUUUUAGUUCACACCAAAACACACACCAAUGAUCGCGAUGAUCUAUAUAUCUCGACGCCAUUUGGCAAAUUUAGUCGCGUUCUCGAUGGAGCGCACUUGCAACUACAUAGGGUUCUACUUGACGGAUGGGGUUCAUUCAAUCAUUCUCGGACCAUGAGGAUCUCAAAAAUCGCGACGGAGAACAUGACGCUCGAGCGAAUCCGAGGCUCGUAUUCGCUCGAUUCGCACGACGACAUCAUAAAAUUGGAGCUCGUCAUUCAAACAAUGAUCAAAAUCAUGGAGGACGCGACGAAUAGCGACGAGCGAAUCGUGACCGACGUCGUCCGAUCCGACAUCAACGAGCUCAUUCGACAAUUGUCGCCGUUCGAGAAUCGCGCCAUCGAGCGCGCGUUCGUCUUGCACGUGACGCAACGAUUCAAGAAGCUCGAAAAAAAAUUCUGGAGGCUCUACAGUCCUGAGAGAUGGGCGAAACGACUUCAGCUCAUCGAGGAAAUCAUAAAGACUAAAAGAAAAAAAAAAGACGAGACCAACGGAGCGAUGAUCAUCACGUUGUCGGAAGCGCAUCGCGCUCGAUUAUUUCGCGAAGUCGAACGCCAAACGCCGAUCGAAUUCCUGCGAAUGGGCCUCAUCACCACCAAGUUGUUGUUCGCGAAAACCGCCGACGCGAUUCACGUCGACGUCGCCGGCUAUUCGUUCGCGAUGCAGCUCACCGAGUUGCGCGCGACGCGGCGAAUUUUGUCGAAGUUGGGCAUCUACGGCGUGUUGAGCAGCCACACGAAAACGACGGCCGACCAUUUGAGCGAGUACAUUUUGAUGUUGGCCGAGAUAUUCAACGAGUUUCUCGGCAUCGAGGAGAAUCAACGCUUGUCGGCGGAUCGAUGGGCCGAUGAGGCGCUGCUGUUGGCGUUGAGGACGUUUCAGCACAAAUUCUUCUUCUUGAACGUCGCUGGGCCGGCACUUCCGAUUUCCACCGAGGGAAUGAUGGAGCAUUGGAUGGACGAGGGCAACGAGGAUGUGCGCUGGAUCUACGAUCUCGACGCCGAAUCGAACACCGAGGACGAUCUCAUCGCCGGCGCGCAAGGCUACCGCGUCGAUUUCGCCAUCUCUCGCCAAUUGUUCGACACGAUCGUCGACAUUGUGCUCGAGGAAAUCAACAUGACGAUUCAGAAGGCGAUCAGCGUGUACGGAGCCGGCGUCGACGAGCGACGCGCUCCGCCGCUCAUCGAGGUUCGUCCGAAUGAUGCGGAAGCGGCGGCGCCGCCGCAUCCGGCCGUCGCCGAGUUUGUCUCGCAAGAGUUCGAGGAGCCGUUCGUCGACGGCUUCAUGAACGCCUUCGACAAUCUCGCCGCGCAAGGCGCCGACAAUGUUCGUCUCGCCGACGUUUUGCACGCGAUGAGGCGUCGCGGUCGCGAUGAAUCGGGAGAAGCUGCUGAAGCUGAAGCUGUGGCGCAACCACAGGAAGCUGGUGAAUCUGGAAGCGCUGCUGAAGCUGUGGAGGUACUGCAGGAAGCUGGGGAAUCCGGAAGUGCUGCUGAAACUGGGGAAUCCGGAAGUGCUGCUGAGGCUGUGGAAGUACCGCAGGAAUCUGAAGAAUCUGGAAGUGCUGCCGAGGCGUCACCGCGGGAAACUGGAGAAUCUGGAAGCGCUUCUGAAGCUGAGGCGUCACCGCUGGUAGCCGGAGAAUCAGAAAGGGAUGCUGAGGCUGUGGCGCAACCACAGCAAGUUGAACAAUCUGGAAGUGUUGCCGAGGCGUCACCGCAGGAAGCUGGGGAAUCUGGAAGUGCUGCUGAAGCUGUGGCCCUACCGCUGAAAGUUGCGAUGUCGCCGGCAUCUCGAGGAAAUGGACGUGCCGCGCAAGAACCUCGUAAUGAUCCGUUCAUCCAGAAUUUUUUGCACGUGAUGGCGAGUGCUCCGGUGGCGGCAGGAGCCGCGAUUGACGCUGCCCAAGUGGCUGCCAACGUUGCCGCCCAUCUUCGUCAGCAACAAGUUGCCGCGGGAUCUCGAGAUUCUACUGGAGCCGGUGAAGGCUCUUCUCGCGAUGAUGGCGGUGCUUCGCGAUCCGGAGACGCGGAUCAUGUGGUGAGCAUUCGCGAUUUGCCAAUCGAGGUCUACGAGGAGCUCUACGAGCGUCUGGAGCAAGCCGAGCGCAACAACGAGCGUCGACGGCGUGAAAUGAGGCGUCGCGAGCGUCUCAUCGAUGUUGUCGGAUCGGAUCGCGACGAUUCCGAUGACUAG